UAAUAUUCGGUCUCUUGGCACGGAUCGAGAUGAUUUCCGUCGCCUGUGCUCCGUGCUUGCUGCUUGUCCUUAAAAGUGGCCGACGCGGCGAGACUUUUAUUGGCCAGGAUGGGGGUGGGGAGCCCAUCAACACCCGCUGAAGUUUUUGACAGAUCCCCAUAUCUAACGGGGCAUUGCAGCAGGAAACGCGCCGUCUCGAGUGUUUUUGCGAUCCGUGGUGGACGCGUAACCACUUAACGUCCACGACCAGCGUGUUUGAUCACGUUUUCUGCAGCUUAAGUGCAAAACAGUAUGGCCUGUUUACAGGCCCCUUCCAAAUUGUCUACUCGUGCAAUGACUAUAAUAGCAAUGAAUUGAAAAGAAAGGGAAAAAAACCUGUCCUCUGCAUUUGGUUCUGUUUAAGCUGGGUUUGUCAUUAAAGUGCAGAGACUGUGGGCUUAUACGGAAAACUUGAUACAUAUUUUAAUUUCUAAAAUGCUUCCACAUUUUUUAAAUCACUUUUUUUCAUUUUUGUUUACCCAGAAUGCCAGGAAGACAGUGAUUGUGGUGGUGCAGCAAGCCAUGAACUCCCAGGAUCUGCCUGCCAAAGAUGCCCCACUUACUGUCAAUGAGCAGGUAACACUCAUGUGUUUGUUAGGAGCAGUGGACCCCCCCUCCCCAAGCUACUCUUGCAGUGAGCUUAACUAAACAUAACUUUGCCUUCGACUUGUUUGCUGCUGUUUGCUCCUGUCACCCUCCAUGCGCCAGCGUGCCACUUCAUAAUGGAAUGAUUAACUGUCACACAGCAGACCACUGAGAUCCCGAUGCACUUUUGUGUUUUAUAGACUAAUAAUAUCUAUGCUUGUGUUGGAAACGGUCUUUGAAUUGCCAUGCUUAAUAAUUAAUUGUGGUUUUUCUCUCUCUAGUAACAUUGUGUCUAGACAUAGUCAGCAAACAAAAGCAAUGCUCUUCACGGAAGCACAAAGGCGACCUUGAAGAAAGCAUUGCUUGAGCUGCUUGUUGGCUGAUGCUCUUAUCAUUGUUUAUGUGUACUCAUGCUCUUUUCAUUUGUGUCUCUUUUUUUUUGUUUGUUUGUUUUUUUUGUUUGGUUCAUUUUGUCCUAACAUGUGCUCGGCUUCUCUGUUCUCCUUAGCCAUUCACUGUCUGACUGCAGAAGUCUUUUUUCAGCCAUUUAAAUCCUGCACUUUGAAAUUCCCUGCCAAAGACAACCAGGUAUGCAUCCUCCUCUCUCUUCCUGCAUUGUCUCUCUGCACCUUGUCCUCCAGCCCAGGUUGUCUUGCUGCCCCUCCGCUAGGUCUGUCAUUAUUGCAUACCAUGAGUCAUCAGCUAAGUUCUUCCAGAGGGAAUUGACAAGGUCAUUGUGAUGUCUGGCCAUGAAACCAUUCGAGUGCUAGAAGUAGAAGUCGAUGCGUCUUCAGCCUCUUCAGCAGCUGAUGGGAAGGGCGAAUGCAAAACUGAUGAGGGAGUGGCUGAAGCUGGAGAGCAACCUGAUGCCAGCAGCACCCAGGACAGCCCCACAGUGCCCCAGAGCACAGGGGGUGGUGUAGUGCUGGGUGAGCAGCAGGUGGUGUCUGUGGAGCCUCCAGCUCCUAUGGUCCAAACUCUGACCCCUGCUGUUCCCAUCAGCGUGUCUCUGCCCCAGCACCAGGCUGCCAUGCCCAUCACCGUGCAAGGCUGUCCACAGGUGCUGACCCAGGAAAGUCUGGCCACUCUGAUGACGGGUAUGAUGGCACAGACGGGGUCACUGGGUCAGCCGCUGCUCAUUCCUCUCAGUAUGCCGGGCUCCAUUGGCGGCCAGGGCGGUUUGGCUGUUCUCACUCUUCCUACCACCAAUGUAGCUACUCUCCCUGGUCUCACAGCGGCUAACCCAGCUGGAAAUCUCCUCAAACUGCCCUUUGCUGGCUUUCAAGCUGCAACCGUCCUGAACUCAGUCCAGCCUCAGCUGCAAGCCAAUGCACAGGCGGUGUUCCAGUCUCAGUCAGCACCCAUUCAGCAGGUGCAAGCAGCCAUGCAGCAGGUGACACCUCAGGCACCCCAGGUAACCAGUGCACAGAUUACUGUUGCUCAGGUGGGAACAGCCCAGACGACCACUGCCACCAACACCAUCUCUCCGUCCAACUUGUCAGUGGCAGCCCUUCAGACUGCAGGACUCUCCAUUAACCCCGCUAUUAUCAAUGCUGCUUCCUUGGGAGCGCAACCGCAGUUCCUCAGUUCCCUUACGUCCACUCCCAUCAUUAACAGUGCCAUGUCCAGCAUGGCUGGAAUCACCAGUCAGAUCAUCACAAAUGCCCAGGGACAGGUCAUAGGGACACUCCCACUUUUAGUGAACCCAGCCUCUCUGGCUGGAGGAGCUGCAACUCCCACACUUCCGCUCCAGGGUCUCCAGGUCCAGGCUGUGGCCCCACAGCUGCUUUUUAACACACAGGGACAAAUCAUUGCCACUGUAGGGAAUGGUCCUGCUGCAGUCGCAACUUCUGCAGCAGUUCUACCUAAAACCACAGCUCCUCCAACACUUACCAAACCUAGCACACAGGCUUCAGUAACAACUGUCACCCAGUCACCGGUUGUCAUUGCCCCACAGCCGACUGUACUAAAGACCGCCACCACACUCUCCUCCACAGUUCCCAUCACCUGUGGAGAGACAGCAAAAGUGGGCCAGCUUGUCAGCAAACCCCAGCAGGCAGUCAGCACAGAGGAGGGCAUUAAUCUGGAGGAAAUUCGAGAGUUUGCCAAGAAUUUCAAGAUCCGUCGGCUGUCCUUGGGGCUUACUCAGACACAAGUAGGGCAGGCUCUUACUGCAACUGAGGGUCCAGCUUACAGCCAGUCUGCCAUUUGCAGGUUUGAAAAGCUGGAUAUCACCCCUAAAAGCGCUCAGAAGCUAAAGCCUGUGUUGGAAAAGUGGCUGGCUGAAGCCGAGCACUGGAACCAGAAAGGCCAGCAAAAUCUGAUGGAGUUUGUCGGUGGGGAACCUUCCAAAAAACGCAAGAGGCGUACUAGUUUCACACCUCAGGCAAUAGAAGUCCUCAACUCCUACUUUGAGAAGAAUGCUCUGCCAACAGGGCAGGAGAUUACAGAGAUUGCAAGAGAGCUAAACUAUGACCGAGAGGUUGUGCGUGUAUGGUUCUGCAACCGGAGACAGACACUGAAAAACACAAGCAAGAUCAACGUUUUCCAGGUUCAGUAGUGACCUCAUUCUGGGAGAUUUUCUAACCGAUCUUUUAUCCUUUUGGGAAUUUGAACAUGUAAUUCAGCAGCACAGAAGUGAAUUGUGUUGUAAAUAUGACUCCAUGAAGGUUGAAAAAAUAGCAACUUUUUGAGAAAAUGAAGAAAUUACACAGAUCUUUUGAAAGAGUGCUAAAACUGAAGUAUAAUUGUGUUCUACUUGUUUACACUACUUUUGUGUGGUGCAUACUAAGUCAAACUGCAUGGUCCUCUUACCUUAUACAGUGAUAUUAACAUGUUAUAUUUAAAACAGUUCAUGAACUUUUAUACAAGUGGUUUUAUAGGCUAUCCCUCUGACUUAUGUUAAGUGGUUAUGUAUUAAGUCACAUUGAGUUUAGUUACAUGUAUGUCACGCUGCGACAAUGGCUUGAUAUUUGAAUAUGAAUAUGCUUGGGUCAGAAUGGAUAAUGUGAAAUUUCUAGCUGCUUUAAUUUAUAUCCAGAAAGUAUUUGUCCUGCAUGAGCAGCUCUGCAAACAUAAAUGCAAUGUUGACUGACUGACAUAGGACUCUGCAGGCUGUGGCUCUGCAGAUUAGUGGUUUACACAUUUGCCUAACAGGAGAAAGAUCCUGAGUCCUCACAAGGAGGACAAACAAAUCUCUUUGGGGUUGCAUCGGGAGGGCAUCCAGCAUGAAAAUUCCAAAUCAAACACGUGGAGCUACCUGCUUAGGUGACCUCCUGUGAGUAAAGGAGAGGCUGAAAGUAGCUUCUUUUUCUAUAAGACUUUACAGACUAUAUUAACAUUCAUUUCAUCAGAUUUAUUAGGUCCAAUAAGCCCUAAAAGUCACAGACUCCUGAUUGUGUUUUGGGACAAUCAUAACUUUGAUAUAUUUAGUUGCUCAUCAUAAAGGUGAGCUUAAAAUCUGUGCUCAUCCUGUCGGUAAUGGAUGUAAGGUUUCUUUUUCUUUUUUGCACCUGUGUGAAAUGUGUGACACUGCUCAGUGUCCAUGGGUAACAAGUUAAGUUAUGAAACUAGCAUUAUAGCUUGGCUUGUCAUCUAUGGUGCCACAAGUGUAAACUUCUUUUUUUUUUCGUGACGCUUUGUUUGUUUGUGACUAACUGAUUGUGCAAAUGCUCAUAACGUUUGUAUGUGAAUUCACCGUCAUCUGACCUAUUUUUACACUUUUUUUUCUUUACUCUUUUUUAAUUCUGCUUUUAGGUGCUCAUAUUACUCUGAGAGUAUCUUUUGCUUUCUCUUUGCUCAUUGCUUUGACUGUUACAUUUUUCAUCUUGAGUUUGAUUAAGUAUAUUUGGAAAAUGGGAACUUAAUUGGUCUAUUAUGAAGUCGAUUUAAAGCGGUGUCAUGCCGUUUGAAACAUUAGUAGCAUUUUUAGGCACUCUUAAUAAGCCUAAUAUCAAUCAAAUUGAUUAAGUAAAUUUAAAAAAGUGUGUAAUUAACUGUUCAGUGAAGGAAAGCAGUUUGUGGUUUGGUGUGUUAUGAUAUUCAGCCUAAGCGCUUAGUGAACACUUUGCACAUGCAGUAUAAAGCUACUUUCUGUGAUGGAAGAAAACAAAAAACAGUCUUCUUUACCGAUGUUUCAAGGAUUCUUUGCACUUUAGUGACAGUGAAAGGGUUAUGAAUGGUUAAUCUACAGUCAAGGUUUCAGUUUUGUUUUUGAAAGAAUUCCGUCUUUGCUUUUUAAUGUGCUUGAACAGUACGAAGCUUUGCAAAAUGUAGCAGUACUGGCAACAGUGCAGCCAUCAACCUGACAAGCAACAUCUAUUAUUAAGAUUCGCUUCCUUUUUAUGCAGAUAAAAUGUCAAAUACUGCAAAGUAUAAAGGCUAUUAUUAUUCUGUUAUGAGUUUGUGAAACGAAUAAUACAUUUUAUGUUCCAGUUAAUAUUUACCUUUUGAAUGACGGCAUGAAGGCCUUUGUUGCGGUGGACAUGUACCUAACCAUAAAGUAAUAAAUAUUACAAAGGUUUUGUCUGCCUUGGUGAUCAGAAAGGGAAGGCAAUAUAUCAUAUUGAUUAAUAUAAGUUGUCCAAUAAGAUAAAUUAGAUUAAUAAUAUGAAAGUUAUAUUAAUUUGAUUCAACAACAAACAUAAAGCUUUGUGUUUUUGGAGGAUAAGGGAAAAAGAAAAUUGGAAGCUGUUGGUUUUUUUUAUAUAUUUUUUUUGUCAAAUAAAUAAACCCAUCUUUAUUACUUACU